AUGGCAGAUCCGACUGAGGAAGUCAUGACAGCACCUGCUGAGCAAGUCAUGGCGGAAUCAACUGAACAAGCCAUGGCAGAACCGGCUGAACAAGUCAUGAGAGAACCCGCUCAGCGAGCAGCCUCGCCUGCUAGUGUGAUUUCUGACUGGCAGACCGACGAUCAGAUGGAGGCGCAGGAGAUGUCCAGCGACGAAGAACCUCAAAGCUUCACCAUUUCACCUCUUGUCACGGUCAUUGUUGGCAAACGUCGCAAGCUGUACAAAUUGCACCGAGCCCAACUCAUGGACAAGAGUCCGUUCUUUGCGGCCUGUCUGUCGUCGGGAAUGGUCGAACAGCAAAAGAACGAAGUUGUCCUGCCGGAGGACUCUUGCCGCGGCUUUGACAUUGUUGCAGACUGGGUGUACAACAAGAGCGAGUGGGACACGGUCACGAUGGAAGGAUCCAUGCUUCGGGCGUACGUUCUCGCGGACAAGUACGGCAUGCCUAGUCUCCAGAACGCCUUGAUCGACAAGCUCGGCCACUUCUGGACGUACAAGACCCGCAUCCGACCUGCGCGCGUCCUGUGGCUUGCACGCAAUGCGAUGCCCGAGUGUCCCUUGUACCGUCUGGCCACCGAGCAAUUGGCGUACGAACUCAAGAAGGAGGGCAAACACUACGGGGACAAGCAAGACACGACUCCUCCGACAAUGGUCAAGACUGAGCCAAAUGCCGAACCCCAGCCAACUCGCACGGUCGACGCCGACGUCGAUCGUGCAAAGGAACUCACAAAGGCACUUGCUCAUCCAGACUUGUCUACCAAGUUGCUCUGGGGAGCCAUUCACGCGUCCAGAUCAACCAGACCCCCGGCAAAGGCUUCCGUCUUCUACCGCGUUCCGGUGAACAAACCCAGAAAGAGAGUUGCGGUGGAAGAUGUGGACAGUCCCGACGCAAAGAAGCAUGCUGGCUGA